UACAGCUUGAAGCAUUUCAUUGUACAUUUUCUGUAAAUUUAACUCUAACUCUCCUCAGUUUUCUAUGAAUAUAGUAGUUUUUAAGAAGUGAUUCAAAUACUUUUAAUUUUUAUGGAACAAAAGACAGUGUAGACAUAUAACUGACAAGCAGAAUUGAAUAACUACAAUAUCAGUCAAUUGAAAAGUCACUGAUCAUAUCAUCCAUUUGAUAUUUUUCAGUAUUUUCCCAUAAAUUCAUGUUAAAUAUUUUUAUCCUAUAUGUAGAUCGACAUGUUGACGACACGGAUUUUAAUUAAUAGAAAUUUGAAGAGAUCAUUCUUUGAAAGUGGAAUAAUUCGUUUUACCCCAGUUACAAAUGUUUUCGUUCCCAGAUUGUUUUCGAAUUCUGUGAAAAAAAACCAAAGUAUUGAUGAUGUGGAGAAGAAUUUUUUCUCCAAAUACUUGAUUAUAGAAAAUGAAACUAUCUUUUCAAGAAAAUCUUCAAAAGUUGUAAAGUACUCAUUCACAUUCCUGGGAUUUUCGUUAAUUUUACUGGGGACUUAUGUGAUAUUUGAAGUAUGCAAACCUGAAGUAAUUGAAUCAGAAAUUCCAUUAUGGCAACAAUAUUUACUGGGAGUUUGGAAACAGGUGCAAAGCUUCACACUCUUUAUUCAGGAACCAUCUAGAGAAAAGCUGUUACCAGAUCCUGUUCCCUAUCCUUACUAUCAACCACCUUAUACAUUGGUUUUGGAGUUCACUGAUGUUUUAGCACACCCAGAUUGGACUUACAGUACAGGGUGGAGAUUUCAAAAGCGCCCAGGAUUAGAUUAUAUGCUGGAAAACCUUGUUGGACUAUACGAAAUUGUCGUAUUCACUGCUGAACCUGGCAUUACCAUUUUUCCUGUCAUUGAAGCCAUAGAUCCUAAAAAUUUAAUUUCUUACAAACUGGUUAGAGAUUCAACUCAUUUUGUAGAUGGUCAUCACGUAAAAAAUCUGGACAAGCUUAACAGGGACUUGAAAAAAGUCAUUGUAGUUGAUUGGAAUUCUCAAUCUUUGAAGUUUCACCCUGAUAAUCAUUUGAAUAUACCAAGGUGGAAGGGAGAAAAUGAAGAUUUAGCUUUAUUAGAUCUUACUGCUUUUCUGAAAACAAUAGCGACUACAGAAAUAGAAGAUGUUCGAGAUGUUUUGAAAUAUUAUAAAAAUUUUGAGAAUCCUCUUAGAGAAUUCAGGAAUAAACAGAAGGAGUAUUUAGAGCAGAAAAAUAAAUUGGAUCAAGUGCCCUCAGAAGGACCAUCGAUCAAAAGAGUUUUUAGUUAUAUAAUGUAGGUGAAAUUAUAUAGUCAUGCAAUAUAUGUAUCAUUACAAUAAAAAAACUUCAUAUUUCAAGAAAUA